UCCGUACCAAAACUUCACACUCUAUGCAACACCCACACGGCCACACUUCAAUGGUGAACAUAACCACCUCUCUCUAAAACCCUAAACCACCCCAUCUCUCAAUUUCCCACCUCUUUCUCUCUCCUCCACAAGUCCACAACCAUGAUGUACGGUGAACCUCCACCCCCACCACCACCGCAGCAACAACAACAACAACCCCAACAACAACAGCAACAACACCAGCACCAGCACCAGCACCAGCACCAGCAUCAACACCAGCACCAACCACCGCCGCAUCACAUGCAACACCCACCACCGCCAUACAUGCAGCAUCCUCCGCCGCAGUACCAGCAGCACCCGCCGCUUCCUCCGCAGCACCAACAGCCUCCUGGAAUGGACUUUCACCGGGGCCCACCACCUCCUCCUCCUCCUACUAUGAUGCGACAGUCUUCUGCUUCUUCUACUAAUCUCCCUCCUCCUCCCGAUUUUCCUCACCCUCAACAAUCUCCUUAUGAAUCUCAUGCUGAUAGUUAUGCUGCAAAACGGAUGAGAAAGCUUACACAAAGACGAGCUGUGGACUAUACAAGUACAAUUGUCCGAUAUCUUCAGGUUCGUAUGUGGCAGCGGGAUUCAAGAGACCGAACGAUAUUGCAACCUACUCCUGCUGCUGCUGUUGAUUUGUUGCCACCAGCUGCUUAUUCUGAUAAUCCAUCAACAAGCUUUGCAGCAAAAUUUGUUCACACAUCUUUGAACAAAAACCGAUGCUCUAUUAAUCGUGUUCUGUGGACACCCAAUGGAAGGCGUCUGAUUACCGGCUCACAAAGUGGUGAAUUUACUCUCUGGAAUGGUCAGUCAUUCAACUUUGAGAUGAUCCUUCAGGCUCAUGAACAAGCUGUCAGGUCUAUGGUAUGGAGUCAUAAUGAGAAUUGGAUGGUCACCGGGGAUGAUGGAGGCGCAAUAAAGUAUUGGCAGAACAAUAUGAACAAUGUCAAGGCCAACAAAUCUGGUCAUAAAGAAUCAGUGCGGGAUCUGAGCUUCUGCAGAACAGACCUGAAAUUUUGCUCUUGCUCUGAUGAUACUACUGUAAAAGUUUGGGAUUUUGCCAGGUGUCAAGAGGAGACUUCAUUAAUAGGCCAUGGUUGGGAUGUGAAGAGUGUUGACUGGCACCCCACAAAGUCUUUAUUAGUCUCAGGUGGUAAAGAUAACCUUGUGAAACUUUGGGACGCUAAGACUGGGAAGGAGCUGAGCUCAUUUCAUGGUCACAAGAACACUGUGCUUUGUGUCAAAUGGAAUGACAAUGGCAACUGGGUACUAACUGCUUCCAAGGAUCAAAUUAUCAAGCUGUAUGACAUAAGGGCUAUGAAGGAGCUUGAAUCAUUUCGUGGCCACAGGAAGGACGUCACUGCAUUGGCGUGGCAUCCAUUUCAUGAAGAUUACUUUGUCAGUGGAAGUUAUGAUGGCUCCAUUUUCCAUUGGCUUGUUGGGCAUGAGACUCCACAAAUUGAAGUUCCAAAUGCCCAUGAUAAUGCUGUGUGGGACCUCGCUUGGCAUCCUGCUGGAUAUAUUUUGUGCAGUGGGAGCAAUGAUCACACGACAAAAUUUUGGUGCAGAAAUAGGCCGGGAGAUACUGGUCGGGAUAAGUUUAAUGCUGGCUACAACCAAGGCUACAGUGAACAAAAUCCAGCUUUUGCAAAUCGUGCAGCUGGGAAUUUUACUAUGCAGGAACAGCCGACAACACCGGGACCAUUUCCUCCUGGACUGUCACGAAAUGAGGGUACAAUUCCUGGUGUAGGAGCUGUGAUGCCACUUUCCAUUCCGUCAGUUGAUAAUUCCCAGGGAGAGCAGAAGCAGGCUCAUCCACCUCCUUUGCCACCAGGCCCCCAUCCUUCUAUGAUGCCUCCCAAUCAACCUCAAUCAUAUCAACAUAAUCCUCAACAAAUUCCACAACAAGGAAUCCCCCAACAAAUGCCUAAUUUUCCACAGCCACCUCCAAAUAUGCCUCAGUUACAGCCUCCAUCUCAUAUGCCGCUCCAUCCACAUCAUCAUAUUCAUCGGCCCCCUCCCCAAAUGCCACCACAUAAUAUGCCCUCUAACAUCCCUUCUUCAAUGCCUGGAUCCAUGCCGAUGCCACCUACAUCAGCUCAAAUGCCAAUUCCUGGUCCUAUGGGAAUGCAGAAUGCUACAAAUCAAAUGGUGCCACAAAUGCAGCAAGGGCAUUACAUGGGCAUGAACCCUAUGCAGUCAGGUCCCAUGCCUAGUGGUGGAAUGCCUUCCUCUGGAGGUUUCUCAAAUGGCAUGCCAAAUAUGCAGGGCCCACCAAGUACGAGUGGGCCACAAAUGUAUCCUCCUGCAGGAGCAUUCAACCGUCCUCAAGGUGGACAAAUGCCGAUGAUGCCUGGGCUUGGUCCUUAUCAGCCUUCUAAUCAAAGUGGUAUGCCACAGCCUCCUCUACCACCUGGUCCACCUCCACAGCAAACACAACAAUAGGCAUAUUGGUACGCACCUAAAUUAGCAUUGUUAAUCAUACCUGAGGACUUGGGAAGCAUGCAGUUGCGGAUUCAUGGAGGUUGACCCGCCUCUGCAUAAUCUCGGGCAGAUGGGUGAAGAGCAACCAGUGGUAGUUGAUUCACCAUGAACCUUUUGACUUGUAUUUAGUCGGCGGAUACAACUGAUUGUAUAUGGAUGAGAUGGCUGUUAAACAAGUUUUGGUCUUCAAAUAUUUAUGGUGCCUUUUUCAUCUGUACUUGUACCUAGGGAAUAUCCAUCCCUUAGUUGUAGAAAGCCCUUUCUUAUUUGAGCUCUUUAGAUUGGCAGAAAUUAGUGUUUAUUUUUUCAAAGAAAAAGCAAGUAUUCUGAAAUUGUUGUUUGAAGUGUAAUUCUGCCAAUUUACCCUUUUUUA